AUCACCAAACGACUUUCAUCGGAUAGUAAAAAAACACCACCAAACGCGAAUCUCUACACAUCUAAUCGGCCCUCUACUAGAGCUCGUCUGAGAUCUGGAAAUGGGCGCCCUGCUCUCAAUCCCGUUUCUGGCGGUUCCCAGCCUAACCACGAUUGGCUCUUUCGCUGCAUCGUGUUGUGGUGCUGCAGCUUGUUCCGCACUGUGUAGUGCUUGUGGCAAAUGUGGCAGUAGUACUGCCACGAGAAUCGCUUAUGCUUUGCUCUUCUUGUUAAACAGUAUUAUCUCAUGGAUUAUGCUCUCGCCCUGGGCUAUCAAGAAGCUUGAGCAUUUGACCCUCGACUAUUUCCCUAUCACUUGUUUGGGGGAGCAAUGUUACGGUUUCGUCGCGGUACAUCGUAUACAGUUUGCUCUUGGUGUUUUCCACGCUGUUCUCGCCGCUAUUCUUGUAGGGGUCAAGAGCUCGAAAGGCGGUCGCGCAGCUAUUCAGAAUGGGUAUUGGGGGCCCAAGAUUAUUGCCUGGCUUUUACUUAUCGUUCUUACGUUCCUUGUCCCUGAGGGCUUCUUCCUUGUCUGGGGAAAUUACGUUGCGACCUUCGGCGCUGUCUUGUUCCUUCUUCUUGGCCUCGUCCUUCUUGUUGAUCUUGCGCAUACCUGGGCUGAAGUUUGCCUGGAAAAGAUUGACAAAUCAGACUCUAGAAUAUGGCGUGGUAUCCUUCUUGGCAGCACGUUAGGGAUGUACAUUGGGAGCUUGGUACUCACCAUUGUGAUGUAUGUCUUCUUCGCUGGUAGUGGAUGUUCUAUGAACCAAGCGGCCAUCACUAUCAAUCUCAUCUUGCUCAUUCUGGUCUCUGCGAUUUCUGUCCAUCCCAAGGUUCAGGAAUACAACUCACAAGCCGGCCUUGCUCAGUCUGCCAUGGUUGCAAUCUACUGCACGUAUCUCACUAUGUCUGCUGUUUCUAUGGAGCCUGAUGACAAGCAAUGCAACCCUCUUCUGCGAGCUCGUGGGACACGUACCGCUUCUAUCGUUCUUGGUGCUAUCGUGACUCUCCUCACCAUCGCGUAUACCACCACCCGUGCUGCCUCCCAGGGAGUUGGACCACUUCACAGAGGAAGCAGCUCCCCGAAUAACGGUGGCUAUUCUAGUUUGGGAGAUGGGGAGCAUGGCCUUGUCUCGACGGAACCUAGCAGGUCCGAACUUAGAGCCCGUGCUCUGCGCAGGGCUGUUGAGGACGGAAGCUUACCUGCUAGUGCCCUCGAUGAUGAUGGUGAUUCGGAUGACGAAGAUGAUGCUAGGGCCAAUGACGACGAGAAGAAUGGAGCUCAGUAUAGUUAUUCGGGGUUUCAUAUCAUCUUCUUCCUGGCAACUGCAUGGACGGCAACACUUUUGACAAUGAGCUUGGAGCCCGGAAAGAAUGACGAGGAGGGUUUCACUCCUGUUGGCAGAACGUACGCUGCCAGUUGGAUUAAGAUUGUUUCUGCUUGGGUGUGUUAUGCGCUCUACUCCUGGACUUUGGUCGCGCCAGUUGUCCUCCCGGAGAGAUUCUGAAUUCGCUUUUUUACUAUGCCCAAAUUACUCUGUUGGUGAUAUGCUGGGGCAGGGCACAGGUUGUUCACGUCGUGUGUAGAACGCAUCAGGGGUGAGGGAUUCGAUGUUUCCUUUCCCGAUUAAACUCAACUUGAUUCGUUUUCUGAACGGCGUUUUUGUAUUUUGUUACGUAAUUGAGGUUAUAUACCUUAUGUAUCAACAAUUUCAAGUAGGGUAUCCGUUUUGGAGGAUAAUCCGUCAUGAACUGAA